AUGGGACCAAAACCUAAAGUAUCAAAAGGAAAUGAUGAUGAGGAAAUGGUAAUUAGUUAUUUUAAAAAAUCGAGCACCAAGGAGUUGGCUGGCCAGCUGACCAACUCUGAGAUUGCCAGCAAGAUAGAUACACUCGAGAAGUCGAACGCUCAACACGAGACAAAGUUGGCUGCCUACAAGAAGAAAAACGUUGUGGCGUCUGCCGGCGAGAAGAAGAAACUGGAAGCGAAACACGAUAAGGCAAGACGUGAAUGGGUUGCCCGUAGAAAGAUGUUCAAAGAGGUGUUGGACACCAUUCUAGAGAGAUCGUCAAAGAAAAAGAAAGAUCUACAAGAGGAAAUAGGUUGGGAAGCUGAUGAAGAUCUCAACAUAACAAUCAUACCCGAUCGAACAAAGAAAGAUAAUUCAUCAACAUCAUCAUCUUCAUCUGCACCCGAAUACAAACGUCACAAAAAAGCAUAUUCAUAA